AUGUGUUCAUUAAUCCUCACUCCAAGAUUCCUACCGGUCUCCCCAACGUUGAUGUUGAGGGCAGGAUUGCUGUGGGUAAUUUUAGCCACAUUCCUAGGAUAUGUCUCAUGCUAUGGAGUGGAUUUUCUAUCGGCUGCCGAUUUCGUCGAAGCCGAUAAGCUUACAGCAGAAGAAGUGUAUGGUAAACACAUUCCUGUCGAAGUCGUCAACGAUUAUCGGUCUGAUAUCCGAGAACCACUUGGAGUUCGGAGGCGAUCAAAGCGGAAUGGUGUCUCACGGGUGGCGAAACUAUGGCCGAACGCCAGAAUCCCGUAUGCAAUCUCGCCACACUACACACCUCAUGAACGAGCUUUGCUAGCUCGUGCAGUGAAACAGUACCACGAAAAAACAUGCAUUCGGUUUGUGCCACGUUCAGGAGGAGAACCUGAUUAUCUGUUCAUCGGCAAAGUUGACGGGUGUUUCUCCGAAGUCGGGCGCACUUCCGGAGUACAAGUGUUGUCAUUGGACAACGGGUGCAUGGAAUACGCCACCAUAAUCCACGAAAUGAUGCAUGUUGUCGGGUUUUACCACGAGCACGAACGAUGGGAUCGCGACAAUUUCAUCGACAUUAUUUGGCAGAACAUUGAUCGAGGUGCUCUCGACCAGUUCGGCAAAGUUGACCUCAGCAAAACAUCGUACUAUGGUCAACCGUACGACUACAAAUCUAUAUUGCAUUAUGACAGCUUGGCAUUCAGCAAAAAUGGUUUUCCGACCAUGUUACCGAAACAGAAAUCAGCAACGAUUGGAAAUGCGAAAGACUUCAGUGAAGUAGAUCUUGCUAAAAUCAAUCGAAUGUACAAUUGUCCUGUGGAGAACAAAUUGCAGACAGCACCUUUUGCAAGAGCACAGCAUAUUCCCAUCUACUCGGCCAUCAACAAGUACGAUGAUCGACCUAAGCUCCCAUCACAGUAUUAUGAUGGAAUGCAGAGCUCGUACUCCAGCAACAAACCACAAAGAUGCGAAGAUAAAAUCACCGUGUGUUGGUGGACAGCAGAUCGAUGUCGAGCGCCAGCGAUCUACGCGAUGAUGACAUCCUUAUGUCCGAAGACGUGCGGGUUCUGCUAA